AUGGCUCGAAACUCCAUCAUGGACCAGAACGAAUCAAAGACCGACGACCAGCUCAAGGUAGUUGAUAGCAUCCCCGGCUAUCUUGUCCUUUCUGAUGAAGAACGGCUCGCGCAACUCGGUCACCAGCAGGAGCUGAAGCGGCAAUUCUCUUUGACAACCUUGGGGGCAUUAUGCCUAUGUCUUAUGGCAACAUGGGAAGCACUCUCCACUGUCAUUGCCCAAGCACUCGUCAAUGGCGGUGCGCCAUGCCUAUUCUACAACUUUGUUCUUUCCUUUCUGUGCUCUGUGUGCAUAGCAUCAUCUCUUGGCGAGAUUGCGUCCAUCUAUCCUACUGCAGGAGGUCAGUAUCAUUGGGUGGCCGCCUUGUGUCCCCCUCGUAGCCGAUCACUCGCAGCCUUCACGACCGGCUGGAUCUCCGUGGGCGGCCUCAUUGUCUUCUGUGCAUCAGCGGCGUUUGCAGCUGGCCUGCAGACCCAGUCCUUGAUUGUCAUCAACGACGACUCUUACAUACCGGCACGAUGGCAGGGCAUGUUGUUCUACUGGGCUGUGCUCCUAUACUCAGCGGCACUCAACAUCUGGGGGUCAAAGAUGCUGCCCCACGCAAACAUGAUCUCAGGCAUUCUCCACGUUGUGGGUUUCGUAGUCAUACUGGUAGUCCUUGGCGUCAUGGCUCCCAAAAACACCGCGUCUUUUGUCUUCACCCAAGUUGUCAACAGUAGUGGCUGGGAGAAUGAUGGUGUGUCGUGGCUCGUGGGCUUGAUUAGCGCGGUGUAUCCUUUCCUUGGGUACGACGCUGCUUGUCACAUGGCCGAGGAGAUCCCCAACGCCCCACGUAAUGUCCCCAUUGCUAUGGUCGGAAGCGUAACUGUAAAUGGCCUGAUGGGCUUCAUUUACUGCACAGUCCUCCUGUUCUCGACAGGGUCACUGGAUUCCCUCUUGACCACACCAACCGGCUUCCCCUUCAUGCAGAUUUAUCUCGAUGUCACUAGAUCUCGGGCGGGGGCGACAGUGCUCUCGCUCCUAGUGAUCUUGAUCGCAAUUGCUGCAACAGUAGGCGGCAUUACCUCCGCUUCCCGCACGCUCUGGGCCUUCGCUAGAGACAGAGCUGUUCCAUUCGACUCGCAUUUCAGUUACGUCAAUAAGAAACUUCAGGUCCCAGUAACUUCAAUAGUCUUUGUUACUGUGGCCCAGAUUCUUCUCGGCUUUCUCUAUUUGGCUAACACUACUGCUUUCAAUGCGGUCUUAUCUAUGGCGAUUAUCGGCAUCUAUCUUUCCUACAGUAUUCCUAUUGCUUAUAUGUUGUUCGUCGGCAGGGGCAAGCUCACUCGCAAGGAGUACGGGCCUUUCAGGUUGGGCCCGGUUGUGGGUCCGGUCUUGAAUGCGAUCAGUCUUGUUUGGAUGAUUGUUGUCAUCAUUUUCAGCACCUUCCCUUCAUCGCAACCGGUCACUGCCCAAAAUAUGAAUUAUUCUACUGUUGUCAUGGCAGGCUGGUUAGUCUUCGGCCUUGCUUAUUAUUUCAUCCGAGGCCGGGCGAAGUUUGAGGUUCCAGUUGUAGUAUCGGAUAUUGUGGAAGGAGUUCGGGAUAAUUGA